AUAUUACAGUAUUUAGACUCAGAGCUAUAUUUAGUGUGUUUUUCGCAUAGCCCCUACUAGAUACUGAACUUCCCACCACCCAAACAACUAAGUGUUUUGAUACUUAUUCUGUAUUCUAUAACAAAAGUCCCUAAUGCAUUGUAACAUUCGCUGUUAUUUCUCACACUCUCUUAAAUCCCACAUUAUAUUUGACUUGAUUAAACACAUUAUCCAGCUACCCGUCAAAUAUUAGUGUGGUAAACGUGUUUGGGUGCAGCUUUGCAUUGAAUUGCCUCACCCUACAACAUCAUCAUCUCCCUAGUGAUCUCACGAAGACAAACACUAAAUCCUUUUAUUUCCCUCGUCAUGGAUGAAUGCUUGACAUUAUAACAAUCCGGAUUUCAUGCGUCUUGGCAUGCUCUCUAGUGUCACUGUAAGCAAAUGAAUAGCACAUUUCCGUGCAUAAAGCAGGGAAAAUGAGUACGGGGAAGCCGAGUGGUAUCAAACCACCCACCAAGAUUGGUAAACCAACUACAGGCCCAACCAAGACCUCGCCUACUACAGUUGGCCCCAUAGAUGUAACCUCCCCAACCUCCAAUACUGCUCAAGAUGCAGUAUCAGACUUCUCUGUUGGCGAACGUGUUUGGGUCAAUGGAAAUAAACCAGGCUAUGUGCAGUUCAUCGGUGAAACGCAGUUUGCUCCGGGCCAGUGGGCGGGCAUAGUUCUAGACGAACCCAUUGGGAAAAAUGACGGCUCUGUGGCUGGCAUCUGUUACUUCAAGUGCAAGGACUUGCAUGGCAUAUUCACUCGGCCGUCCAAACUAUCCCACACUCCAGUGCCAGAGCGUGAGGCCAAUAGUACAAAGACACCUGCCAGCCAGACCUCUGCCAAUCAGGUGCCUCCUGCCAAAGAUGCUGUUCCAGACACUCCAACCACCAAUGCAACCGCAACCACUAAGACCUCAACAAACUUAACCAGAACUGCCAGCGAGUCUGCCUCCAAUCUGUCUGAGACGGAUUCGGCCAAGAAGCUACAACGGGAACUAAAGAUAGGGGAUCGUGUGCUGGUGGGCGGGACCAAAGCAGGUGUUGUGCGUUUCCUUGGUGAAACUGACUUUGCAAAAGGGGAAUGGUGUGGAGUUGAGCUGGAUGAGCCACUUGGCAAGAAUGAUGGGGCAGUGGCUGGCGUGAGGUAUUUUCAGUGUCUCCCAAAGUACGGACUAUUUGCUCCAACACAUAAAGUGACUCGAAUCGGUUUCCCAUCCACCACACCAGCCAAAUCCAAAAUCUCAAGGCGCAGGUCAACACUAAAGAACAGCCCCAGCGCUUCCUCCGUCAGCUCCCUUAGCUCCGUCACCUCCUCAGUUGGAGGCAAACCCAGCCGAGCAGGCCUGCUCACAGAGACGUCUGCACGUUAUGCGCUGAAGAUCUCAGGCACAACGGCCCUUCAAGAGGCCUUGAAGGAGAAACAGCAGCACAUUGAGCAGCUCCUGGUCGAGCGGGAUCUGGAGAGGACAGAGGUGGCCCGAGCCACCAGCCAUGCUGGAGAGGUGCAGCAGGAGCUGGCUCUGCUCAGACAGGGCCAGGAACAGUAUUCUCACGAAAUGGAAGCUAAGUUGGACCAGUUGCGCAGACUAGUUGAGACUGCAGACAGAGACAAAGUGGAGCUGAUGAAUCAACUAGAGGAGGAAAAAAGAAAAGUGGAGGACCUGCAGUUCCGUGUGGAAGAAGCUUGCAUUACCAAAGGAGACCUAGAGACGCAGACCAAACUGGAACAUGCCCACAUUAAGGAGCUCGAACAGAGUCUUCUGUUUGAAAAGACCAAAGCAGAUAAACUCCAGAGGCAGUUAGAGGACACUAGGGUCGCCACGGUAUCGGAGCGCUCCAGGAUCAUGGAGCUAGAAAGAGAGGUGGCCGAUCUGCAGCUUCAGCUGAGAACUCUACGAGCCGAGAGCACCGGAUCCUCCUCACCUCCAUUGCAAGAUAAGAAGAUCAAGGAGCUGAACUUUGAGCUAGAGAGCAGACAAAAAGAGGUUCUUCUGUUCCAGCAGAAACUGACCUCCUCUGAGCAGGAGAAGAUCUCCAUCCAACAACAGCUCGAAGACCUGACACAGAAGUUUGACACUGCAUCAGAGGAACAGAUGAAAACAAAACUAGGCAUGCAAGAAAUGGAGAAGAACAUGCAAAUGGACAGAGAAAAACUGAAUCAGAUCUCCAGAGAGAAGGAGGACCUGGAGAGGGAGCUGGCCGCCCGACAGAAGCAGGAUCAGGCGGAGGGCGAGGAGAGAAAACUUCAAGUAAAGGAGCUGAAAGAGAAGUUGAGUAGAACAGCAGAGAGGUGUGGCGAGCUGGAACGGCAGCUGGUGGAACUGCAGGCCUACAAGGACCAAACGCAGAAUUCACAGUCUGCAGAAAAGCUGGAGGGACUGAUACAGAGAAACAAGGAGUUGCAGAAGGAGCUUGAAGUCCUGAAGCAGCAGAACUCGCAGUAUCAGGAACAGUUGAGUUCAGAAACACAGCGUAUCGGAAGCCUUCGCAAAGAAAUUCAGGAGCUAAAGCUGGCAGCCAAUCAGAAGCCUCAGAGGCAGGUGUCACUUCAGGAUGAGAAAGGGAAGUUGGCUCAGGACCUGGAUGUCAAUCGGCAGGACAACCACACGCAGCAGAAGCUUGAGGACGAGACUUUCACCAGCCAGCUGGAGAUUACAGAGAGGGAGAACUCCAAUGCAUUGAUGUCGGAUAAAGACAAAGAGCUGGAGACACUACGAAAUGAGAUCGCAGCUUUGCGAGGAGAGAACGCCAUGGCCAAAACUCUCCAAUCAGCUGUAAAGUCUUUGGAGAGCGACAAAGCUCAGCUGCAGAGCCGAGUGUACAGCCUGGAGCAGAAACUGGAGGGACGGCAGAUGGGGAAUGGAGACGGAGUGACGACAGGUGAUGCUGCUAUGGACCAACUGAGAGAAGAGAAAGAGUUUGCAGAGGGACAGAUCAACUUCCUGAACUCAGUCAUUGUGGAUCUCCAGAGGAAGAAUGAAGAACUGAAGGUGAAACUGAAGAAAAUGGCAUUGACGGAGUUCAACGGAAAUGAUGAGAAUGAUGGUCUCGGUGAGGUGAAAAAGAAGAAGAAAUCCCCGCCACGUGUCUUCUGCGACAUUUGCGACUGCUUCGACCUGCACGACACGGAGGACUGUCCCACGCAGACGCAGUCGCCAGACUCCCCUCCCCACACUACCUAUCAUGGCAGCCGCGGAGGUGAGCGACCGUACUGCGACAUCUGCGAGGCAUUCGGUCACUGGACAGAUUCUUGCAACGAUGACCAAACCUUCUGAACUUCCCCCCCAAACCUCUGUGUGAGAUCAGGCAAUGCACAGAUCGCUUUCAACCAGAUAUUUUGCUAUUUUUGUACACAGCGUAUAUAGAUUCAAACCUAUUGUACAUUCCCUUCAACGUGUCCGGCCGAAUGAAGGCUAAGGUAUGCUGCAGUGAUGGAAUUUUCUGUGUCUAAAAGACAUGAAAUCUUUAUGUGUGUUAUUAAUACCGUGUGUAGCAUACGUUUUCACUGUCCUGUGUGGACCGAUCUAUUAACAAGGUACCAGCAAGAAAAUUGGGAGCAGUUUGGCGAUACUUUGGUGUUUAUUCAAAGCUGCGGCGUGUAAUUUUUCUGCCCCUAGUGGCGCCAAACGGAAUUGCACAAAUACUAUCCCGAACAUUCCCCCAUCUGUCAUUAGGUACUUUUGAAAGCACCUCAGAGCAGCUUUGUUAGGAACGAAAUACUUGCGUACAGUUUACUGCAUACUGUGCCGUAUACACUGAAUACUGCCUAGUAUUUUUUAAUAAUGCCGUGUGAAAUAGUCCACAUUAUGCAACAAAACACAAACAGUCGUGUACUAUUUGAACAUAUGAUCUUGUUACGUUGGUCACAUGACCUCAUUAUACAGUGAUUGGCAUCUAGUUAUCAUCUGGAAAAUUAAAAGUUAUUCUGCAUUUUUAGCCACAACUUUAAGAACUCAUAACGGACUAUCACGUACAAAAACAGUAACACCAGUGCACCAAACAAAGAUUAAGCUCAUCACUAUUAAUUUAUUGCACUUCUCACUUUAAAUAUAUGCAGCACACAAGUUUAACUGCCAUUCUUGGGAACCAAGUUAUUCUUUUGACUGUUAAAUGUUAGACAUGUAGUCAUGAUAUUGUCAAAUGAAUGGCUUUUUGUGUAUUUUGAUAUUAUGUCCUGUAGAUUGCAGGCCUAUUCACUCCAAGUCUGAAUUUUUGGUGGGCAAAUUGUGCACGGCAAGAUUUUAAAGGGACGGGUCACCAUUUACUCACCCUCGUGUUGUUCCAAAUGGAAGCCGUAGUCACCAUUCAUUACAGUGAAAGUCAAUGGUGGUUUCACUUCUUAAGUUUGGAAAAGAAAGUCAUACGUUUGGAACAAUAUGAGGUGUACUGUCCCUUUAAGUCCACAGCCUCAUCCAUUUUCAGUUUCCUGAUGAUAUCGUUUUCCAAAGUAUGCAGUGAUGGAGAGCAUUUUCAAAACCCUCCAUUUCUAGAGGUAUAAAUGAAGGAAAAUUUUGUGUGGCUGUGGCCUAAGAUAGGAUUAUUAUUAUUAUUUUUCAUUCAGAUUCUAGGGCAAUUUUAUUUACAUUGUUUAAAUGCAAAAAUAUUCUUCAAGUAUCUAGACUUUUUAGAGAACAGGCCUUUACUUAUUGCACAACUUAAAAGCACAAGAUCAUAUUGUAUCUCUUAUUAUUGAUGUAAUAAUAAUGACAACGUUUAUUUAGCAACCUAAUAAACCGCAAGAGUUUAAAUUGUUGACCCACAAUGAGAUGGUGCACAUAAAUAUGUAUAAUAUUCAUAUUGCCCUUUUGUUAUAAUCAAUUUGAUUACAUUAAUUACAAAUAUGUGGUCUGUUUCUACCAGAAUAUUGUGACAAUAUUCAAUAUUGUGUCUUUAACUAUUGUACUGUUUUAUGUACUGUAUGUUCAAAUGAACUUAAUAGAAAUAUUGAACAACUUGUGGUCUGACUGAAAAUAUGUUUAUUUGACAAUGUUUUGGUAGCUGGUAGUUAGCAGUGACCAAAGAGACAUUUUAUCUAAAAAUGACAUGGUCAACUUUUUAUUUAUUUACUUAUUUAUUUUUAUACCCCAUUUUUCUCCCAAUUUUGAAUGCCCAAUUCACACUACUUAGUAGGUCCUCGUGGUGGGGCGGUUACUCGCCUCAAUCCGGGUGGCGCAGUACAAGUCUCAGUUGCCUCCGCUUCUGAGACCGUCAAUCUGCGCAUCUUAUCACGUGGCUCGUUGUGCAUGACACCGCGGAGACUCACAGCAUGUGGAGGCUCAUGCUACUCUCUGUAAUCCACGCACAACUUACCACACGCCUCAUUGAGAAUGAGAACCACUAAUCAUGACCACGAGGAGGUUACUCCAUGUGACUCUACCCUCCCUAGCAACUGGACCAAUUUGGUUGCUUAGGAGACCUGGCUGGAGUCACUCAGCAUGCCCUGGAUUCAAACUUACGACUCCAUGGGUGGUAGUCAGUGUCAAUACUCACUGAGCUACCCAGGGCCCCCAUAGUAAACUUUUGUUAAAAGAAAACGAUUUUUGCAUUUUCUGAAGUGGUAUAACACAAACGGUGCAUGAUGUCUUGCACACUGAAGUUUAUGAUAUAGUGUUAGAGGUUUGUUCAAAUAUAAAAUGCCACCACAAAUAAUUAUUACAUCAUAAAACAAG